UCUGACCUCAUCUCAAAUGGCCCCGUAGGGCAACAAGGAUGGUUAGUUUUGACCGUGCUUAUUUGUGCCAUAAAAUAUCCUUCCUAAUUGUCAGUUUGGGGGGCUUUUCUACCCGCCCACCUGCCGUUUUUGAAGUGUGCUCACUAAAUGAAGGGGUUCUGGACUGGGAAGGCCCAUGCAUUGCUUCAGUUGGACGGGGAGGGGGACAGUGUCUCCGGCGAUCUCGAGGAGGGAAUGUUGACCAGGGAGCACCGCUGCGGCCGAUCAGAGGAGCAGGAACCGGAGCCGGGGUUGAGUCCGAAAAAAGCCGGAUCCGGACGGUGGCUCCGGCACGGCUGGAAGUGGGAGAUGGAGGAGGCGGAGGAACCCGCGGACAGCGGGCAGUCGCUGCCCCCGGUUUACAUCUACAGUCCCGAGUAUGUCAGCAUGUGCGACUCCCUGGCCAAAGUCCCCAAACGGGCCAGCAUGGUACAUUCUUUGAUCGAAGCAUAUGCACUGCAUAAGCAAAUGAGAAUAGUUAAGCCCAAAGUGGCCUCCAUGGAGGAGAUGGCCACCUUCCACACCGAUGCCUAUCUGCAGCAUCUCCAGAAGGUCAGCCAGGAAGGAGAUGACGAGCAUCCGGACUCCGUAGAAUAUGGGCUAGGUUAUGACUGCCCAGCCACCGAAGGGAUAUUUGACUACGCAGCAGCUGUGGGAGGGGCUACAAUCACAGCUGCCCAAUGCCUGAUUGAUGGAAUGUGCAAAGUAGCAAUUAACUGGUCCGGAGGGUGGCAUCAUGCAAAGAAAGAUGAAGCAUCUGGAUUUUGUUAUCUCAAUGAUGCUGUCCUGGGAAUAUUACGGUUGCGACGGAAAUUUGACCGUAUUCUCUAUGUGGAUUUGGAUCUGCACCAUGGAGAUGGUGUGGAAGAUGCCUUCAGUUUCACCUCCAAAGUCAUGACGGUGUCCCUGCACAAAUUCUCCCCGGGGUUUUUCCCAGGAACAGGUGACGUGUCUGACGUCGGCCUAGGGAAGGGGCGGUACUACAGCGUGAACGUGCCCAUUCAGGAUGGCAUACAGGACGAGAAGUAUUACCACAUCUGCGAGAGAAGUCAAGUCUGGUCAGGACGUUACGUGAAGGCGCCUCCGAGUCCGAGGGUGCCAGGGAGGCCGCCCCACGCAAACCUCUGUCCCAUCUGUUGGACUAAUAUCUGAAAGUCCUUUAACAGGAAACAGACUUUUCUUCUGCAAUUAGAAAUAGGCCGAAAAUGGAGUUUCGGCACAGCCCCUCCUCGCCCUCGCUCUGCCACAGGUGCAUGCUUUCACGGCGCUUUUCUUGACAGCAGAUUCUGAAAGGGUUAGACAGUGGCACCCUGCUAACUGUGUCCCUUAGUUCCAUCCAGCCACGAUGCUUUUGACUACUUCUAGUUUGUUGCUUAGACCCAGACUCGCUUGCACAUUUGCCAUUUGCCAUUAUGACCUGUGACCCAUCUGCCUACCUCAAAAGAUGUAGUAGACAUAGCAAUGGCUUCCUCGUGUCCAAAAGUCCUCCAGGAUAUCUGCUAUCUAUCUCCUUUCCGUCCUUUUCAUCCCGUGAGCCCACUGGUUUUCUGGCUCUCUCUUUACCCGUGAUAAAUAAAGGACCUCUUACUGCCAGUUCACUUACAAGAUGCUCCAAUUUUGGUUCGAGACGCAAUUUCUAGUUUGCUCCUGUGAACUGUGUCUCCCUGUGGAGUUCAGGAGCCCUUUUUCCCUCCGUCCCUUACUUCCUUCUUUUCUUCCACCGUUCCUUCCUUCCUUUAAGAUUUUCUCUCUCUGCUGUAGCCUUUUUGACAGACCAGAUGUAGAAUCUUUACAUGAAUGUUUUCAACGCCAAACGACCUUAGGUUCCAUUUUAUGUAAAAAACAAAAUAAAACAAAACAAAACAACAAUUUCACAGAGUUCCCUAGGUUAUCCAAUACUAAUUUAGAAGGGCGAGGGUCAGUGAUUCCCAAAAGCUUCCCGUCAUUUCCAUGGGACCUGCUAGAGUAGGUAGCACUUACUCUUACUCAGAGCCCUGUUUUGACGAGCAUCAAGGAGCAUCAGCGUGUUCUUCUAAGUAUACCUCCUCCUUCGGGAGAAGCUAUGGCCACAGUACGGGCGAUAGAGGGAUCUUAUACUCUUGAUUUACAUGGAGGCCCACCGCCACCUCUGCCACGUGCACUCGUACAUACAAAGUUUGAUGCGACAGGAAGGCUAUCUUACCAAAGAGAGGGUCAGCUGGUUCCCGACUUAUCUCAUCUGAAAGAAGACAUACGACUUUGCCUGUGGUUCUUAACCUGUUUGUGAAUUAUGUUCAAGUGCAGUGUGAGAGAGUCUAUUACCGAAGAUGCUACGUGGAUGACUUUGCGAGUGUUUAUAACUCAGGACUGUGGGAGAGGACAAUAACAAGUCGUCCUCGCUGUUGGUUUCAGAGACGUUUCAGUAAGUAGCAGGUUACCACUCCGAAACCUCAAAUCUGGCAGGAUGACCAGACUACUGCCCCACUGUGACCUGUCAUGACAUAUGCAGAGUGCAAAGAAGGCAGUUGCAGCUGUGCUUAAAGUUCUUAAUUUCUGCUCUACCUAUCAUUUCACAGCCCUAACGGCCAGAAAGCAACUCUUUACUAAACGUCCAUCCAUUGGUAUACAUCUCAUACGAAAGCUGUAUGCAUGGUGCUCGCAAUGUGUAUGGAUACAGAACAUACUGAAGUGGACAGUUCAGCAUUUUGCAAAAAAAAAACAAAAAACAAAAAAAAACACCCUCACAUUUUUUAAAGAAGAUUCAACUAUUCCACUUUGUACGAUAAUUAAGUUCAGACACUGCAUAAAUAUUUCACCGAAAAGAAAACACACUGGUAAACAGAGUUCUCAAUGCAUAGGACUUCUGGACGGCUCUGUUAAACGGGACCUCUCAUUCAACAGUGGUCUUUAUGUCCACACGUGCAAAACCAGACCAAAGGGAUAAUCUUAUUCUGGUGAACUAAGGUUCGUAAUGGUGGUUAUUAAAAUCAGAAUGUGCCUGUA